AUGGAAGAACCUUCUGAGUCAGUUUAUGAAAGAGUGGCCAAAAUGCUUCUUAAACGCUAUAAAGAUCAAGUUGUUGCGAAGUUUCAUCAAUCUACUGAUGACUAUCGGUACCAGAGGCUAUUACGGUCGUGUUCGUAUGCCAGAAGUAUCCAGGACUCUGCUAACCGGCUAUGCACAAUAUAUGAGAACCCGGCAUGGCACUCAGCUGUUUUAGAAACCUUGGACCUCGAUCUGAUUUAUACCAAUGUCGAUGCUAUGUCUAUCAAAUCUGAGGAAGAAUAUUCUGACAACCUUGUCAAGGAAUUGCUGAGAUAUUUCAAACAGGACUUCUUUAAAUGGGUAAAUGCACCAGACUGUGAAAAUUGUGGUGAGAAUGAUUCGACAUCACAAGGAUCCACGGGCCCAAAUGCAGAUGAAGCUCCAUAUGAAUGCUGGGUUGUUGAGCAAUACAAAUGCAAUAAGUGCGGCACUAUCACCAGGUUCCCUCGUUACAAUGAUCCGAUCAAGUUGUUGGAUUAUCGAAAGGGCAGAUGUGGUGAAUGGUGUAAUCUAUUCACUCUUAUAUUGAAAUCCUUCGGACUUGAAGCCCGCUACGUUCAAAAUCGUGAGGACCAUGUAUGGUGCGAGUACUACUCGCAAUAUUUGAAAAGGUGGGUCCAUGUAGAUUCAUGCGAACAAUCAUUCGAUGAACCGCAUAUAUACUCCAAAAAUUGGAAUAAGAAAAUGAGCUAUUGUAUCGCAUUCAGUAACGAUACUGUGGUAGAUGUCAGCAAGAGGUAUAUCCUUCAAAAUCAAUUGCCAAGGGAUCAAAUCAGUGAAGAUGACUUGCAAUUUUUGUGUCGUUUGAUCACUCAGAAGUUGAGAUCGGGACUUGAUGAUGACACCAUUUUCAAAUUAGCGAACAGAGACGAAUUGGAGCGGUUAGAAUGGCUACCUAAUCGGGUUCAAGAUGCACCAACGCCGACUGACAGAACCGUCGGAAGGCAGAGUGGAUCCACUGCCUGGAAAUCCCAGAGAGGUGAAGACGGUAAAUGA